AUGUUGAGGUUGUCACCAAGUUUAUUGAGAGGAUAUCGUUGCUCAAGCAGUACACUUUUGCGUCAAAGCCAAAUGUCGUUAAGCACCAACUCAACGUUAAUGCAACAGUUCAGAACCGAAACCGAUGCGUUCGGUGAAAUUCAAGUGCCAGCUGAUAAGUAUUGGGGUGCGCAAACUCAACGUUCUUUGGAGAACUUCAAAAUUGGGGGUGCUCGUGAACGUAUGCCAGAGCCAAUCAUCAAGGCAUUUGGUAUCUUGAAAAAAUCAGCUGCUGUUGUGAAUGAAUCGUUGGGAACUUUGGACCCAAAGGUUGCUGAUCUAAUCAAGAAAGCUGCCGAUGAAGUGGCGCAAGGUAAGUUAACUGAUCAUUUCCCAUUAGUAGUUUUCCAAACGGGUUCUGGUACUCAAUCGAAUAUGAAUGCAAAUGAAGUUAUCUCUAACAGAGCAAUUGAACUAUUAGGUGGUGAAAUGGGAUCGAAACAGAUUCACCCAAACAAUCAUUGUAAUCAAGCACAAUCGUCGAAUGACACUUUUCCUUCGGUGAUGCACAUUGCAGCAGUGCUCCAAAUAACUCAUCAUCUUUUACCGGAACUGACUGCCUUGAGAGACUCAUUGAAUACAAAGGCCCGUGAAUUCAGAAAUAUCGUUAAAAUCGGUAGAACUCAUUUGCAAGAUGCAACACCAUUGACUCUGGGCCAAGAAUUCAGCGGAUACGUUCAGCAGUUGACCAAUGGUAUUAGUCGUAUUGAGAACUCUCUAGUUCAUCUAAAGUUUUUAGCCCAAGGUGGUACCGCUGUUGGUACGGGGUUGAACACAAGGAUUGGGUUCGCGGAGAAAAUUGCAGAGCAGGUUUCCAAAGAGACUGGUAUUGUUUUCAAGACUGCGCCAAACAAAUUCGAAGCUCUAGCGGCACAUGAUGCAAUUGUAGAGGCAAGCGGUGCAUUGAAUACAGUUUCAUGUUCAUUAUUCAAGAUUGCCCAAGAUAUUAGAUAUCUUGGUUCAGGUCCAAGAUGUGGCUACGGAGAGCUUUCCUUGCCGGAGAACGAGCCGGGCUCUUCCAUCAUGCCCGGUAAAGUUAACCCCACCCAAAACGAAGCAAUGACUCAGGUUUGCGUGCAGGUUAUGGGCAACAACUCUGCCAUUACCUUUGCAGGCGCAUCUGGUCAAUUCGAACUGAACGUUUUCAAGCCAGUCAUGAUUUCCAACUUGUUGAGCUCUGUCAGAUUAAUCGGCGACGCAUGCUACUCCUUCAGAGUUCAUUGUGUUGACGGUAUCACCGCAAACAAGGACAAGAUCAAUAAAUUACUGCACGAAUCCCUGAUGCUUGUUACAGCGUUGAACCCCAAGAUCGGCUACGAUGCCGCUUCAAAAGUUGCCAAGAAUGCCCACAAGAAGGGCAUCACUUUGAAAGAGUCUGCUCUAGAACUUGGUGUUCUUACCGCGAAGGAAUUUGAUGACUGGGUCAUUCCAGAGAACAUGAUUGGUCCUAAACCCUAG